AUGUCUGAACUCAUCCAAAACCAUGCAAAUGGGCAGGAUCAGAAGAAAAGAAAGAGAAAGAGACUGAAAAAGGGAAAGACUGAAGAAAUUCAGCCCCAAGCAUCGGAUGUACGGGUCAACAGAACGAACAAAAAGCUCAAGUUUGGUGAUGACGAUGAGCUACUGAAGCUUCCUGAAGACGGUAAAUCAGAAGCCAAUGAUUUGGACGUGGAACCAUCACGUAUAGUAGCAGAUCUGGCUGUUUCCAAAGAUCUGUCGACUUCGGCAGAGCCACAAACGCCGGAAUUGAUCCAAGAUCAGGCACAGAAAUCGACAGCCAAGGAGACCUUGGUACUUGAAAAGCCGCUGGUUCAGAAGGUUGAGAAACGCAAAAAGCAUGUAAAGAAGACUUUCUAUGAAAGCGAUAACGACGACGACGAUGACGAUGAUUAUGGUGGGUCGCUGUUUAAUGUGGGAAACAAGACAUCGCGUGCAUCUCUCCGAGAACAGGCCCAGCGGUUGCUAGAGUCUCGUCAAUCUCUUCCGAUCUACCUUCACAAAGACAAAAUCGUAGACUAUGUCACGCGAAACCAGGUGACGGUGAUAAUCGGAGAAACUGGUUCGGGUAAGUCCACCCAAAUCCCACAGUUCCUCAUGCCGCUCAACAAGAAAAGAAUUGCUGUCACACAGCCUCGUCGAGUUGCUGCUGCCUCUUUGGCUGCCAGAGUCAGCGAAGAGUACGGCUGUGUUCUAGGUCAGGAGAUUGGUUACCAAGUGCGGUUCUCCAAUGUGACUUCUCCCUCCACCAAAGUCAACUACCUUACCGAUGGUAUGCUUAUUCGUGAAUUGAUGCUCGAUGCUACCUUGUCCAAAUAUACCACCAUUGUCAUUGAUGAGGCGCACGAGCGUACCGUCUUGACAGAUCUUAUAUUGGGUUUCUUGAAGCAAAUAAUACUAUCCAAAAAGAGAACGGAUCUCAAGAUUGUCGUCAUGUCUGCUACAUUGAAUGCUGAGCUCUUCAGCAAGUUCUUUGACCAUGCUCCUAUUUUGUUCGUGGAGGGUAAGAUGUACCCUGUAUCGCGUCACUAUUUGGGAACAUCCUCUGAAGAUAUUGUGGAUACUAUGAUCCGAGCAGUGGUGCAAGUAAACAUGUCUGAGCAGGAAGGUGAUCUUUUGUGUUUCCUCCCCGGUCAAGAAGAGAUCGACAACUGUGUCAACAUUCUUACCACUCUAGCGCCGGAGCUUCCGAAAGAAGCACCCAUGAUUGUUGCCCUACCGCUCUAUGCUGCAUUGUCUCCAGGAAAACAACUGAAAAUCUUUGAAAAGCUUUCAGGCCGUAAGAGAAAAGUGAUUCUCGCCACUAAUAUUGCUGAGACAUCUAUUACUGUGAGUGGAGUCAAAUACGUCAUUGAUUCGGGCUUGAGAAAAGUCAAGGUCUGGAAACAUCAGUUGGGUCUUUCCACUUUGCUCACAACACCAAUAUCCCAGGCCUCAGCCAAGCAAAGAGCAGGUAGAGCAGGUAGAGAAAGCGCUGGAAAAGUGUUCCGUCUAUACUCGGAGAAACUCUUCCUCAACAAGCUUCCAAAGCAGCAAGAGUCCGAGAUUCUUCGAAAUGAUGUCAUUCUUCCGGUUCUCACCUUGAAGAAAAUGGGCGUGGAUGACCUCUUGAAUUGGACAUGGCUCGAGCAUCCCGGUCGUGACAGUAUCAUAAGCGCUCUUGGAACCUUGUACACUUUAGGUGCCCUUGACGGGCAAGGAAAGGUCACUCCGUUGGGUUACAAAAUGGCUAUCAUGCCCUUGCCUCCAGCCCUCUCGGCUGUGCUCAUUGAAGGGUUCAAUAGAGGUGUAGUCCGUGAGGUUAUAGACAUAAUUUCUUGUCUCUCGGUAGACAACCUCAUUUUGAACGUUGGAGGAAAUGGCGAGCUUCGUGAUGAAAUAAACUUCAAAAGGAGGCAAUACUGCCCCCUUGGUACCAAGCUGGGAGACUUGAUUGCUUUGAAGGAGUACUUUGAUUUCUUCAAGAAAAUGUAUGACUCCAAGAACACUGCCGAAUUGAAGAUGUGGUGCAAGGAUCUAUUUUUCAGUUUCAAGGGCUUCAAGAACGUGCUCAAAGUCAGGCAUCAACUCACAGAAUAUCUCACUGCCACGGUGAAACAAGACACGUCCAUCUCUGAUCAAGAGAGGUCGCUGCAGUUGAAGAACCUCAAAGCCCAGCUAGGCAGAAGCGACAUUGAAGACGAUGAUGAUGAAGAUGACUUCAAGGAAUUGCUGCAUCUGCUUAAUAUUGAGCAGAUACUCAAGUCCUUUUUGAAGGGAUACGCUUCCAACACUGCCAUCGGUAUGCCCGACCGUUCGUUCCGUACAUGCGCGACAGGUCAACUCAUCAGCAUCCAUCCGUCAUCGAAUCUUUUCGGAAAGUCGGGGCUUGAUGCUGUCAUGUAUAUUGAGUAUGUGUACACGAUGAAGGCGUAUGGAAGAAACUGUUCUCAGAUCGAGUUGUCGUGGUUACAAGAGAUGGCGCCCAACAUGCUUAGUGGUGCCAAGGAGAGCAUUAAUGAGUAG